CUGCGAAACUAUUGACAUAUUAAAAUAAAAUUGUUUAUUAAUUAUGUCUAUGGCUUAUGAGCGAAGAGCGAAAUAUACAUUAGCAACGAGAUGAAUGGAAUAAUAUAUUAUUAAAACGAUGGUGUGCUGCAUACUACGAUUUCUUCAUUAAAAAACGGUUAAAUAUAUCGUGCUUUAAACAUGAUUAACUAUUAAGAAUAUUAUACCUAUAUCAUGCCUGAAAAUGUUUUGAAUUGUGAUAACUGAUAACAUAACGGUGGCUACCAGAAAUCCAAAAACGAACACAUUGAUUGGACGUUUUCCCUCCAAAACAACAAUGUAACGAACACUACUUCACCAGUAAGUUCAUUCGGCAGUCUGGCAGUCAUUAAUGGAGUAAUGAAUGACGAUCGAACGGCAGUUUUCGUAUUCGAGUUUUCAGUUCAACCACAUUAUUAAUUUUUAAAUUAACUCCUCGGUCUUAUCUUCGUGAUAAGGAUGUCUGCUUUUACCACUCCUCGUAAGUCUCUUCGUUUACGUAAGACUGAACCAUCGCCAUUUUUUACAAAUCGAAAGCGUGAAUUGUUCCCAGUAGACAACUGGGAUGAAGACAGCCAUGACAUUGUUCCUUUACAAUCUUCUCCUGAAGUGUAUGAUCUCGAUUCACCGGAUACGUCUUUUAACAUGAAUUGCACUCCAAUCACUGAAUUAAGUCCCACAAUGAGUGAUAAAUUUGAAAGACUUAUGUCAGGAUCAAAGAAUGGACAUACAUGUUCAGCAACAAUUAUCAUUGAGGAAACUCCAAAUUCUAGACGAAUUAAAAAUGUUAACACAACACCCUUUGAAUCAGAGACUAAUAAAGAAGCUAAAACUCCUAAGAAAAGUUUAAACAACAAGACUGUAUUAGGAGUAAAAACAUUAAACUUUUAUGGCAGUAAUCAGAUAUCAAUAGAAGAUCUCCGUAUUAAAAGAUUUACUCGCUUAAAUUAUAAUCCAAAGGUAAAAGCUAAACUAUUCAAAGAUACAAAAUCAACAAGUAAGAAAAGACCAAGAUCAACUAGUCAUGAAAAAAAAUCUAAGGUAAAUUUGUUUCCGGGUGUUACAUUACCAUUUAAAAAGAAGCCUACAAUUAAAAAAAAUAUCAUCAAAAUUGAAGUAUGUGAAGAAAAAGAUGAUUUCAUUGAAAACCAUGAAGAACAAGAAAAAGUUAAGAAAAACUAUUUUGAUACUUCUAAAUCAUCUUCAAAAAACGUAUGGACAGAAUAUAUUAAACAGGAAAAACCUGAACGUAUAAAAAUUGAAGAUUCUGAUAACAGAAAAUUUUUCAAAUCAAAAGUAAUUCAUAAUGACAUACCAAUCAGAAAAGAUAAUAGCUUUAAUUUUAAAGUUGUUAACUGGGGUGAUGAAAAUAGGAUGAGCACAGUCGAUUAUUCAGAUUUCAAUAACACAGAAAUACUUGAUGAUGGUACAAUAGAACAAAUUGGACAAGAAGUCAAUGAAUUAAUUGAUUUGUUGGAUGAUGAAGAAGAUGAUGAUAAUGAUUCGACAGCUGUACGCUACCCUGGUCUUUCGUCAAAUUCUACAAAAAGAAAUCAUGAAGAUCAAGAUGAUGAAGAUUCAUGUGAAGGGCUAGAUUCUAAACGUUUGAAGUCAGAUAUACAAAGCCAAAAUACUAUUUUAAGAUGUCAAAUGCCAGAUUUGAUUAAAGAUGCUUAUGCUAUUGAUGGAAAUUAUCACUCAGCUUAUUCAUCUCAAAAAAAUGUAUCAAGUACAUUUGAAUUUAAUAAUAUGGUCAUAGAUGAAUCAAAUACUUCAUGUGAUACUUCUGUAACCUUAAAUGAAUCACCACAAACAAAAUUGUUCCCUAUUUUUACCAAUCAGACACCUUCACCAAGUCAAGUUGCAUGUGGAAAACCAACAGCACGAAGAAUUAAAAGAAUUAUUGAUGCUACUCAGUAUCAAAUUGAUGCUGGUCAAAAGAAAUUUGGUGGUUUUUUGUGCCAACAAUGUGGUCUAUAUUAUUCAAGAGGUGAACCAGAAGAUGAAGCGGAACAUGAUAAAUACCAUACAGCCAAGGAUAUUUUUAAGUAUAAUAGUUUUAAAAAUGAAAAAGUUCUUUAUCAAGACACUACUGAACGUAUUGUUGUUAUAUCGGGCUCAGAUUCUAAAAUGGCAUGUACAAAAGCUUUAGAAGUUAUAUCAUUUGUUGAUGUAGAACUUGGCUUUAACACACAAAAUUCUGUUUUGCCUACGACUAAAAAGGUUUAUUUGUAUAUUAAAGAUAAACAAGUGAUUGGAUGUCUAGUAGUAGAACUAAUAUCUGAGGCUUAUCGUAAUCUAGAAACUGAAACAGAAGACAUGGUUAUUGUUUCUGAAGAAUCGUAUCCUGUUAAAGUUGGUGUUAAUCGUAUAUGGACUAAAUGGGAUUGUCGUAAAAAUGGAAUUGCUUCAAAACUUCUAGACUGUUUCCGUAAAAACUACGCGUAUGGACAUAUAUUGACACUUCAUGAAAUAGCAUUUACAGUACCCACACGUGCCGGAAAACAAUUCAUUAAAAAGUAUACAAAUAAAAAUGAUUAUUUUGUUUAUACUGGGUGGUAAUUUUAAUUCCUAAGUAUAAUAAGUAUUAACUACUAUUUUUACUGUUCAUAUAUAUUUUUUUUAUUGUUAAGAUUAGAUUAAGACCUAUUUCUAAAAUAAAUAUUUUUAUGAGAUUGUAAUAUUUAAUAAUGACUAAGUUUUUAAAUUUUAGAAACUUAUUUAAUUACCAAAUCAAUAGCUUUUCUUCAAAUAUACUAGUUUGAUGUUUUCAUAACUCAAUGACAAUUACAAUUCUAUUUUUAUACAUAUCUAAUUAUAAUAUUAUAAAUAAUGUUUGUUAAUGAAUCUCUCAAUCAAGAUAAUUUCAAAAUACUUUAGAAUUGUAUUAAAUUAUUUGUAUCAAAUAAGUCACAUUUAAGUUAAUAUAUUAAAAUUCAUCUAAAUGUAUACUAUUUUUGAAUUGUAAAAUGCAUAGUCAUAAUUUGAGCAACAUGUAUAGUUUAUUUACUUAAUUAGAGAUAGUAAUAGUUAUGUAUUUUCUAUUUUAUGCAUAAUGUUAAUUUUUAAAUUAUAUCAU